GCCAGACUGUUAUCGGGUGCAACCAUCGAUUACUCACACAUAUCGCUUGGCAGAAACAAGGAAAGGAAAGAAAGUAAAGUGACUUUUAACAUCAGAUCUAUUGUAAACGGCAAAAAACGAUACUUUCGAGCGCAGCCAAACGCAGAAGACGAAACGCCAGCGAGACGAGGACGCCAAGAUGAUUAAACUAUUCACGCUUAAGCAGCAGAAGAAAGACGGCGAGCAAAAGGGCAGUCAGCAGAAGAAAGCGUCCGCCGCCCAGCUGCGCAUACAGAAAGAUAUUAACGAACUGAACCUGCCAAACACUUGCGCCACAGACUUUCCCGAUCCCGAUGACUUGCUCAACUUCAAGCUUAUCAUCUCGCCCGAUGAGGGUUUCUACAGAGACGGGCGCUUCGUGUUCAAUUUCCGCGUCGGAUCCAACUAUCCGCACGAGCCGCCCAAGGUGAAGUGCGCCACCCAGGUAUACCAUCCCAAUAUCGACCUGGAGGGCAACGUCUGCCUCAACAUUCUGCGCGAGGACUGGAACCCAGUGCUGAACAUCAACUCCAUCGUCUAUGGCUUGCAGUUUCUGUUCUUGGAACCCAAUCCCGAGGAUCCGCUCAACAAGGAGGCGGCCGACGUCCUGCAGACCAAUCGCCGUCAGUUCGAGAGCAAUGUAAAGAAGGCGAUGCGCGGAGGCUGUGUGGGCGAGACCUACUUCGAGUGUUGUCUGCUCAAGUGAUAUAGGGAAUCCCAAGGUCUCUUACUUUAAGCCUGUCCAUACACACCUCCCAACACCCGCUAACUGAAGAAGAUGAUGCAAACACAGACGAACAUCGGCGACAACAAAUUAUUGUAAUAAACGAAAGCAAAAUCCACAGCGUGCGAAGAAGAAGCCGAGUCAAGUCACCAAUUUCUAGUUUUUAAUACAAUUCAUUUAGCAAUUUC